AGGCAGGAGGGAGGGGGGCGGGCAUGGCCCAGAGGAUGCCGGGGGGCUGCGGGAUCCUGUACGACACCUCCCUGCUCCUGCAGUUCUGCAACGAUGAUAACCUCUCUGGCACCAGCGGGAUGGAGGUGGAUGACCGCAUCUCCUACCUGGAACAGCGACUCCAGCUGCAAGAAGACGAGAUCCAGGUGCUGAAGGCAGCCCUGGCCGACGUCCUCCGUCGCCUCACCACCUGCGAGGAGAACGGGCUCAGCCUGCAGAAGAGGGGGCCCAACAAAGUGUACCAGCUGCUGCGGGGUCUGCCCUCCAGGCCCAGCUUGAGCAAUGGGAUCGUGCCGCAGAGGAGAGGCUACUCCACGUCGCCCUCGUCCCCCAAGAGAGAGCUGCUACCCGGGAAAAGCGGGCGCAGCUGCGCCUCCCCCGAGCGGCCGGCCCUGCCCCAGCAGCAGCGCGCCUCCAGCCUGAAGGACCAGCGGAGCCGCACCCCCUCCUCCUCCGGCAGCUCCUGCGGCGGCGCCAAGCGCGAAGGCAAACCUAAGGAAGCCUCCUUCAACGCUGAGGAUGGUUACGUGAAGAUGUUCUUGCGGGGACGCCCCAUCCCGAUGUUUGUCCCCGAUGCCGUCGUUGCCACCUACAGCCUGGACGCCAAGCUGGAGCUGCCGCAUAAGAAGUUGAAGCUGGAUUGGGUUUAUGGGUAUCGGGGCCGAGACUGCCGGGCCAACCUUUUCCUGCUGCCUACAGGAGAGAUUGUGUACUUUGUGGCUGCAGUGGCCGUCCUCUACAACGUGGAAGAGCAACGCCAGCGCCAUUAUCUGGGCCACACAGAUGACAUCAAGUGCCUGGCUGUGCAUCCUGAUAUGGUCACCCUAGCAACUGGACAGGUGGCCGGGACUUCUAAAGAUGGCAAGCCACUGCCCCCCCACGUGCGAGUCUGGGACUCUGUCAGCCUGAACACGCUUCACGUCCUGGGGCCGGGGCCCUUUGAUCGCGCCAUCAGCUGCGUGGGAUUCUCCAAAUCUAACGGAGGAGGCCUUCUGUGUGCCGUCGACGACUCCAACGACCACGUCUUGUCUGUCUGGGACUGGCAGAAGGAGCAGAAGUUGGCUGAUGUUAAGUGCUCCAAUGAGUCUGUGCUGGCGGCCACCUUCCACCCCACAGAGCCCACGCUGCUGAUCACGUGCGGGAAAUCCCACAUCCACUUCUGGACCCUGGAGGGGGGCAGCCUGAGCAAAAGGCAGGGCAUCUUCGAGAAACACGAGAAGCCCAAGUACGUCCUAUGUGUGGCUUUCACGGAGAACGGAGACACGGUGACCGGCGAUUCUGGAGGGAAUCUCUACAUCUGGGGGAAAGGGGGGAACCGGAUUUGCCACGCUGUGCCCGGUGCCCACGAAGGAGGCAUUUUUGGCUUGUGCGUCCUGCGGAACGGGACCAUUGUCACAGGAGGAGGCAGGGACCGGCGAGUGGUGCUCUGGGGACGGGACUACCAGAAGCUGCAAGAGAACGAGGUGCCCGAGGGUUUUGGGCCAGUGCGCACCAUUGCGGAAGGAAAGGCAGACUCCCUCUUUGUGGGCACCACCCGGAACUCGGUGCUGCAGGGAUCCUUGGCGACCGGCUUCACUCUGUUGGUGCAGGGACAUACGGAGGAGCUGUGGGGCCUGGCCACCCACCCAAGCUUGGACCAGUUCGUGACCUGCGGGCAAGACAAGCAGGUCCACCUGUGGAGCGUGGCCACUCACCAGCCCCUGUGGAGCAAGGGGAUUGAGGACGCCGCUCGUUCAGCCGGUUUCCACCCCAGUGGCUCCGUGGUGGUGGUGGGCACUGUAACGGGCAGGUGGCUGGUGCUGGACACAGAGACCCGAGACCUGGUGACCAUCCACACCGACGGAGGGGAGCAGAUCUCUGUUGUCAGCUUCUCCCCAGAUGGAAAAUACUUGGCCUUGGGCUCCCACGAUAACUUCGUCUACAUCUACGCCGUCUCGGAGGGGGGCAGGAAAUACGGCCGCGUCGGCAGGUGCUCGGGUCACUCCAGUUUUAUCACCCACCUCGACUGGGCCUUCGACAGCAGCUAUUUGGUGACCAAUUCUGGGGACUACGAAAUCCUGUACUGGGACCCAUCCAAUUGCCGGCAAGUCACCAGCGCCGAAGCCGUGCGGAAUGUUGAGUGGGCCACGGCCACGUGUGUGCUGGGCUUUGGGGUUUUUGGGAUCUGGCCGGAGGGGGCCGACGGCACCGACAUCAACGCAGUGUGCCGCUCCCACGACGGGAAGCUCCUGGCGUCUGCUGACGACUUUGGCAAAGUGCACUUGUUCUCCUACCCCUGCUGCCAGCCUCGGGGCCCGAGCCACACCUACAGCGGGCACAGCAGCCACGUCACCAACGUAGCCUUCCUCCACGAUGACAGCUUGCUCUUCUCCACGGGAGGGACGGACACCAGCGUUCUCCAGUGGCGACUUGUCUAG